AUGGUUCUGGAUUUACUGGUAGUCAAUCCGAACAGCUCGCGGUCAAUGAGCGAUGAGAUCGCCCGCAGCGUUGCUGCGGUCGACGCUUUUCGCGCAUUCGCGUUUAAGACAACUUAUAUGACAGGACCCGAGGGAGCUCCGCCGCAGAUCGACGGUGAGGAGACUAGUCACCAAAGUUGUGAUGCGUGUUUGCCGCUUUUGAAGGACCCCGAGUCGGAGUAUUUUUACAAACGUUAUGAUGGGAUUCUUAUCGGUUGUUUUUCCGAUCACCCACUUGUUGAAGCCCUAACGUGUUUGACUGAUGCUCCACCUGUUGUGGGGCUUUUGAACAGUAGUUUAAGCUUUGUUAGCCUGUUCCCUUCGGGGCCUAGUUCUGUAAUCACUUCGAACAAGGAAUGGGUUGAAAUUUUAGACGCAAGUGUAGAGAAGAAAUUUUUGACUGGUGAAGCACGCGCAAGGGGCCUGUGGAAAGGCACUGUUUCCUCGAAUUUGCAAGUAUUGGAAUUGCACUCUGAGGAGAAUUUCGGUAAAAUUGUCGAAAGAAUCCGUCGCGAGAACGUCGAGAGAUUGGGUUCCAAAUAUGUGAUUUUAGGGUGUGCUGGAUUCUCUGGUUUGCAAUACAAAUUGAAAAAGAUUUUCCCUGAAGUGAUAUUUGUCGAUCCUAUUAUUUUAGGUUUUCAAACUCUUCUUUCCAGUGCUACUUUCUUGAAGUGUCAGAAUGUUUAA